AUGUCGGUCACACCUCUUAUUUCUCAACGAAUUGUUAAACCAACAUAUACUCAAUUGGAUACUCGAUCUUCUUCUUCUAUGGAAAUACCCGAAGAAGAAAGAGGUUCCAGAUCUUUUUCUUCCAAUGGAAGAGACGAUAUAUAUAAAGAUGAUGAAAAUUUUGGAUGUGAAGCUGAUAUAACUGAAAAACCUUGGAAAUAUAAAAUUGUUGCCUUGAUUUGUGCUUUAUCUUUAGCUGGCACUCAUUAUGCCGCUCAUACUCUUGGUGCUUUGAAAGCUGUCGUCAAAGAAGAAUUAGGAAUUUCAAACUCACAAUAUGGAAUCAUACAAUCCUCUGUUUCAUUGGUGAAUACCAUUAUACCAAUUAUUGGAGGUAUUUUUAUUGAUACCUUUGGUACAUCGGCUGGAUCAAUUUUGGCUACAAGUUUGAUUACUAUAGGAAAUAUUAUAGUAGCAGCUUCUACGGAAUUAGCUUCAUUUCCUUUGAUGGUAGUUGGUAGAAUUUUGUAUGGUAUUGGAAGUGGAACUAUUGUCACGAUUCAAAUUGCUAUCUUGAGUCAUUGGUUUAAAGGAAAAGGAUUGGCGAUUGUUAUCGGCGUACAAAUUGCAAUGGCUAGAUUGGCGGCGUUUCUGGCAAAUGCAACCGUUGUUCCAAUUUGGAAACAUACUGGAUUUUAUGGUUGGGCAUUUUGGUUCGCGGCAUUUUUGUGUGUAAUUUCUUUUUCAAUCAACAUAAUAUAUGUAUUUUUAAUGAGAAUUAUUCAUGAAAGUCUUUCUGAGCAAGAACUAAAUAAACUUAAAGAAAAGAGGUCAUUUAGUCCAAGAAAAUUAUUGUUCUUGCCAACAAUUUAUUGGAUCGCAACAUUGUUGGAAUUUACAUUGGGCAGUUCUUGGACUUCAUUUUUGCAUAUUCAUACAGAAUUAGUAAAAACUAGAUGGAAUAGUACAGAUGAAGUUGCAGCGUAUGAUUCCAGUGUGGCUCAAUUUUUACCAAUAUUUAUAUCACCUUUUCUUGGUUAUUUGUUGGAUAGAUUUGGUUAUAGAACUUUUGCUUUAAUCACUUCCACGGCUUUCCUUUGUUUAUCAAUGUAUUUUCUUGGUUUUACUCUUGUAUUCUCACCAAUAAUUGGAAUGUUUUGUUUCUCGGUAUCACUUUCUUUUGGGCCUGUCGCAUUACUUUCAUCGAUUCCAAUCCUAUUACCAUUAGAAUAUAUUGGAACAGGAUUAGGAAUAAUAAAAUCCACUUCAAAUAUUGGUGCUACAUUAUAUGAUAUCUUUGUUGGUAUUUUACAAGAUAAAGAUAAAGGUCAAUAUAGAUUGGUAAUGAAAUUAUAUUUAGUUACCGGUUUUGUUGCGUUAUUGGUUUCCACAUUUUUAUCAAUAUCAGUUAAAAAAUGGUAUCAUGGAGUGUUGGAUAUGAAAGACACCGAACGAAAUCAAUAUUAUGAGGACAAAAGAAAAAAAAAUGAACCUCAAUCAAAAGAACCAUCAAAAAGGAAUUGGAUUUAUAUCAUAAUUUUUAUUAAUACUUUGAUCCUAAGUUGGGUUUUGUUCUUCUUCUAUAUAAUCAAUCGUCCAAAAUCGGGACUUCAGGGUUCAGAUUAA